AUGGCAGGUUUGAUAGAUAAUGGCGUCUAUGACGAAACAGAGUUGUUUUUCUCGGACAAUCUGAGUCGCACAGCAAUUGCUGUCAAGGCGAAGUUUCAUGUGCCGUGCUUGUACCGGGAAGAGUUUGACCUGGAUCCACGCAGGAAUGGCCAUUUCUUCCUCCAGACACACGGCACCACGUCGAGGGCUGAUAUCUAUUUAAACGGCGCAUUGGUUGCCUCGAAGAACACUCAAGUGGGAUCUUACGGUUGUCAAAGAUAUGAUGAGGUUACAGAGCACGUACGUGCAGGGCCCAACUCUCUUCUCAUUAAAACGUAUCCAACUUGCUACGACCGGGAUCUUGCAAUUGGUUUUAUCAACUGGAACCCGUAUCCCCCCGACAAUAGCACUGGUGUUUGGCGGGAUGUUGGGCUCUCCCAAACUGGUCUGGUUUCAAUAUCGUCUCCUCCGUGCAUCGUGACUGAUUUCGCUGAGCCCGGAGUGCGGGAAGUUAAGCUUACGGUCAAAACGGAUACUCGGAACAAUGUUGCGGAGUCCAAAAGGGGCUUUUGCGAACUUGUCGGGUCGUCUGGCAUGAAAAUGGAGGGACCCUACGACUGGGUACCCCCGAAAUACCGGUAUGAUAACCGGCUUGGUGCCGCGUUCAGGUUUGAAUCUGAGCUUGGCCCUGAUGUUGGCUCGCCUGAACUUGCUAGAAGUUUUGAUGAUCGAAAGAUUUACAACGAGGCGCUGUGCGCUUGUUAUGGGAAACCCACGAGUUUGGAAGACUACUUGACUAAGGUGCAAAUCAUGGAUUAUGAGGCGACGCGUGCCCAAUUUGAAAACUAUGUAGUGCACAAAAGCGCUACUCGUCCGGCCACUGGACUCAUAUACUGGAUGUUAAAUGGAGCUUGGCCAACUAUGCACUGGAGCCUAUUCGACUACCACUUAAACCCCACGGGAUCCUCAUUUGGAACCAAAAUGGGCACGAGGACUGAACAUGUCGCGUUCGAUUAUGUGGAAAGGAAGCGCAUAUCAUCAACCAUUCCUUGGAGAAGCACAAAUAACCCAUUCACAACCCAAUUCAUCAAGAAAAAUCGUGGCCAGGAUUCCCGCCCUCGAUAUGGUACAGGAUGUGAUGCUCUUCAAACUGGAAUUAAGAGAUGGGAAAGAGACCAAACCCUCAUCAGUCGCAAUGUGUAUUGGAUUCCACGGAAGUUGGGCGUUCUUGACUGGGAUAACUCUACAUGUUAUCAUACAACAGUCACCAGGUAUUCUGAUUUCACAGUUGUGACUCAAUUCGACCCAGCAUCUGAGAAGCUGUCGGUUCAAUUCCUGGAAAGAAGUGUAGAUAGUGGUGAUGGAGAUGCUCUCAUUACCCUCCAAAACGAAUCUGAUAUCCCUGCCAUGUGCCUGCGGUUAAGUGCUCUGGAUUCAGAAGAUGGAAAAGAGUCUGCCCCCAUAUUCUGGUCGGAUAGCUAUGUCACACUCUUUCCUCGUGAGACAGUGGAGUUUCGCGUGGAAUGUCGGGGCAUCCGGUGUGGAGAGUCUGCGGUUGUACAAGCUGUGGGGUUUAAUACUGAUUCUGGAAUCUCUCCUAUCAGCUGGUCGGACUCCAGGUCGCGUGGUUCAGAACCACAUCGGAAUCCUCCACGCUUGAUUGUUCCUCCUCCCGCUCCGCCCCUUUCCGGCGCACAGGUCUUUCCUCCUCGUCGAGAUAAUGUUGCACAGCCUCCCUCUCUCACGACAUCCUUGAGCGGGGUUCAAUUUCAGGGCGCUGGACUGCCUCCCAGCCCUAGUUACGCGCCAACUCCGAGCUCGAUGAAUUCUUUUUCUAGCCCGUUUUCGCCGAUGCGGUCGUCGUUCACUACCUCGUCGGGAGAGCUGAGCGCGAUCACUACGCCGAUGUCAUCAAGACAUGUGUCCUUCAACGCACCUUACAAUCCCCAGGAAUGGGGACCCAUUAGAGGAAAUGUGUCUCCCAGUGUUGGGAUGAGCGCGUUUGUUCCUGCAAACGAUACCCCACCCAUUCCCCCUCCACCUUACUCUCCGAGACAUCCAAAACCUGCGGAGACACGCGCCGACCAAUCGCCUAAUUUAGCCUUGGGUGUGAGCGUUUCGCCGUUGGCGGCUACGGCUCAGUACAACUCCCCAAUCUCCGGAAUAACUCUGGAGUCGGGCUCCGGAUAUAGCUAUCCUGCAUCCCGGCCACGACCCGUGUCGAUGAUUCAAAAUGGUGAUGUUGUUGGUGAUGCUCAGCCGCAAUCAGUCCAAGCUCCAAAUGUGAGUGGCCACCAUUCACAAUCCGCUGUACAAAGUGGACCAGGUGUACUGCAAUACAAUGCAAACCCAAAUGUUGCCGGUAUGGGAUUCUCCACGUCAAGACAGCCUCUCGACAAUACUAUUCGACCUCCAUCAUCGAAGAGAGCUGCUUCUACGGGUGAUAUAGGACCGAGCAGGAAUGCAAAUGCAUCAUAUGCUUGGCUUCCUCACCAAGCUGGUCGCUGGGAGCCGGGAAUGCCGCUCCCGCCUCCUCCUCCUGGGCCACCACCCGGUGGUGGUUCUCACCAAUCAAGAGAGUCGUCUCGAGGCCCUUCCCAAGAAGGAUCAAACCGGUCAAGCCGUCAUAGAUCGCCACCGGUAUUGGGGACCAGUCUUGGUGAAGUCCCACCCACACCUGCCGGAUGGGUGGAUCAAGCCUUCGUCGUGAACAGGCGCUCAGAAAGUUCAAGAGAUCGUGCGGGUUCCCUACCACAAAACGCAAAUAAUUACGCGCCUUCUGACGAAUUGGCUCGCUUGACACGGCAUCGCCAAGGCCCAGCUCCAGUUAUACCCCGAAGAGACGACCCUCCAUCUACCAGAGGCAUAAGCGCCAAGGGCAUUAGAGAGCGCAGAAUUGAGAGCAGGAAAGAACAAGUUUCUGGGACAACAAAUUCUGAUUCCAGUAAUACGACAAAGGGUGAAUCAUCGGACCCUUCCUGGCCUAGCGACCUAGUCCUUGGGAAUCCAGGUGGUCCAGGGCUUAUGCGUCGCCGCACCGUAACGAAACAUACUCCUCGAACCCCACGAACCGCGCAGUCAGAUGGCCAGUUGACUGGUUCCAUCUCUAAGUCUCCGUUUGUCUUGUUACCAUCAACUGAUUCUGCGCAAUUCACCCCCAAACAACCACAAACACCAUCUCUUGAUAACUUUGGUCAAUCAAGCAGUUAUGCCCAAACGCCUCCAUUUUCUCCUGGCAAUGACCUGCAGUCACCAUCUUUUCCUGGAUCGACGACCCAGAUGCUGCCGCCAAGAGCGUUGCCAACACCACCGCUCCAGGCCAUUCGGGAGCGUAGCUCUACGUCAAUAUCCAGAUCUAGUGAGCAGGAGAGGUCUGCCUCACAUCUACCGGAUUCACCAACUAACGGCACGCAACAGCACAUGCCAUCGAUUUCAAGCAAAUUGUCCCCAGGCCUACUCCAGUCUAACAGAGUGGUAGAAUACGCAAAUGAUGAAUUUGUCCGCGAUGCUGUUCUGCGACAUCGCGAUUUCAUAGAAAAGGAAGCUUCCGCGUCCACUGAAGUCGAGGGUUUAGAAUUAUUUGCCGAUUUCAUGGUAUCUGAGUUCAGUAUACGGCAACAACGCUACGCUCUUGCCUGCAAGACCGGCUUAUUUGACCUACAAAAGUUUUGUGACAGGAUUUUUCGACUGGAUUCCACACAACACAAUAGUGCCCCAACAGAUGUCCCUCCACCAACUCGCAUAAGUACUCGAGUAGCUCCGUCGAUUCUCAUUUCGUCUGACGUUCGACAAACACGGGCGGAAUCUGGCUGGUGGAAUAACUACAAGCCGUCACUAUCUCCAAUUGGUAGCAUAAGCAUAAACAAUGAUGAAAUGAGUUCCAGAGGGAGAGCUCCCAGUCGCUGGUGGGAGUCGCAGACUGGGUCUGACAGUGGUGGCUCUGGAAAAAAGAUCAGACGAUCCAAACAGGAAGCGAAGUACAUGGGCGUCCCUCGAGAAGUGCGUGAAGCGAUGCAGUUGGAGCACUUUUCAGCAGGAGUAAUUGACGGGAAUCUAUCGCCAACUGGUCCUCCGGCUUUCAGUUUUUCUGCUACGUAUGGACCAAAUGAAUAUCCCCCGGAAAAAGUCGGUUGGGGGGAAAGGCAGCCUUCUGUCCCUCCCCCACCGAUGGGUUCACAUUCUCUUGAUUGUCAGAUCCCGACUCUUGAUAUCUCAAGAUUCGUUACACUUCCGCCACCAUACCCCAGGCACUAUCCUGCAGUUAAUAACAGUCACCCGGAUCUCUUAUACUUUCGUAGUACUGUGAGAACUGUAAGCGAUCUUACGGAAGUCCAAGAAACAAAGGAAAGCCACAAAGUGAAGCUUGAAAAACUUCAGCAUGAACAUCAAAUGAAAAUGAAGGAAUCUCGACGAGCAUUUAGAUCAAAUAUGAAUAACCGCAUCGAACAAGGGACAUUAUCUUAUGCGGAAGCUGCUGAGGCGGAGGCAGUCCAUCUUGUCGAGGAACAGAAGCGGGAAAAGGAGUUGGUUCAGGCAGAAUUCGAUUCUUUUCAAGAGGUGGUGUUCCAACCGUUACAGAUUAUCCUCAAGGACCGCAUCGAGAUUGCGUCCACCUGUAUUGACAACCUCCGAAGCAAGUUGGUUGAUUCAACGCAGGAUGGAAUUCACAAUCAAACACAGGAGGAGGGGGAUGAACGACCAGAGUUGCUGGAAAAGCUGACACAACUUAAAUGGCUGUUUGAAGCUCUUGAGCAGCUGCAUCGAGAGGUGUACGCGCUUGAAAGCGAGCGUAAUGAGCGCUAUCGAGCUAUCGUUACUUUGCCAUACAAGCAGGCUAAGAACCAAGAGAAGCUUCUCGAAACAGACUCGUUCUUCCUACAAGACGAACGAAACCGGAAGCUGACGUUCGCUACGGAAACGCUGCGGCGUUUCGAAAGCUUCAUGGAAGUCAUCGAGGAAAACGUCGGAAGGGGAGUGGAGACUCAGCUUUCAGCCUUUUGGGAUAUUGCACCCUCUCUCGUCACUGUCCUCCAGAAAAUUCCCGAGGACCUUCGAUCGUUUACUGUCCAGAUCCCUGCGAAGGAGUAUACCGAAAACCGUAGCUACUACCAGUUCCCCCUGCAGUACCUCUACUCCCUUCUCUCUCACGCCGAAAAGUCCACUUACCAGUUCAUCGAAUCUCAAACCAAUCUGCUUUGCCUACUCCAUGAAGUUAAAACUAGUCUCAUGAAGGCAAAUUGUAACGUUAUGGAGCUGCAGCGCAUAAUAUCUGGUGAGCCAGGAGAGUGCAUCCAGGGCGAAAUGAAAGAAUCGAGUGAGGAGGAAGAAAGAAGAUUGACUGCUGAUCUGAAGGACAAAGUUGUAAUGGUUGAGCAGCAAUGGGAUGAGGCUCUAGGCAAGCAGCUUGGAUGCGUUAAAACGCGUGUACAGCAAGAUCUUCUGGCCCAAGGCGGGUGGGAUGAUACGAUGUUCGAAGAAUCCUAA